GUGAGGGUACACACUGGCAAGCUCUGUAUAACCGCGAGUACGUGUAGAUCUAAGAGAGUUGCGUCCUGUACAUAGUAUCCUCUGUACCAUGCCAGAAAGCAAGAAGUCCCCUUGGUCCUGGACACCCCCACCGCUUCCCUCCACGCAUGAGAUCUUCUGCCAAUCCUCCGUCCAAAACGACCGAGUAUGGCAUCGCCUUCCCUGGGCAACCGAGUCCGCCUACGCCUCCUUCAACUUCGCCUCGCCGGGAUAUGGCGACGUCAUCAUAUCCUGCCAGCUAACUAGCACAAACUACAAGAUAGACAACGGUACCGUGAAACAAGCUGUUCGUCUCCUACGGUACGACCAUCCCGCCAUUGCCGCGAAAUGGGCUUGUCCCAAACCUGGAGGUGCCUCGAAUUCGGCCGAAAAGAGACUAGCAUACGAAGUCCCCGGAUCCGAGGGCGACGUCGAUGUCUGGCUUUCCGAUGUUAUCACCGAUCGCAGCGACGCCCUCGGUGAAGCCAACGGAGACGUCGACGCUGCGAUAGCACUCGUAAGGCACGAUCUGGGUAAGGCCGGGACCGGGCCGCCCACCACUUUCUUUGAAGCGCAUUUCGUCCCAUCCUCCAGCGGAGGUCCCGCAUGCGGCAUAGUCCUUCGCCUUGGACAUGCCGUGUUUGACGCAACAGGGUCGUUCCAGAUAUUAGACUCAUUAAUCGAACGGAUCGCGCAGAUACUACGCUCAGGCGGCCACAAGAAGUUGAACUGGGGAGACGAAGUGGUGCGGCUGGCAGAGCCUUUCCCGGACAUCGCCAAGGUCCCCUGGUCCUUAGACUCGAUGAAGUCACGAGAAGACAGGUUCAUGCUCGACAAGCUCGCUGAAACAGUCAAAGUCGGAGAGAAUAUGCCCGGCGUGCGUUUUGCCCAUCCGGCGGACUCACUCAUCCUCGGUACUGGCUUCAUCACACGCACCAUGCUCGCGGACUCUGUGCAAGCGCUCCGCAGCGUCGCCCGUAACCACGGAUGUACGCUGUCCAGCAUAUUCGAGUCAGCGUCCCUGCUAAGUCUCCUCCGCAUCAACUACGUCCGACGUAUGCCCUCGAUUAACACCGGAUACAUGAACCCCGUCGACCUCCGCGCCCGGCAUCUGCGCGCGGACACCGACCCUCGCAACAAAGCCCAUUGGCGCGCUGCCAACAGCAUCGGCUUCGCCGCGUACAUCGUACGCGACUUGCAACGAUUCGUGCAUCCCGGGGAUAUCUGUCUCGGACCAGAGCAGCUUCUCCAGGACCUAUGGGUCCUCGCGAAGGAGACACAGGCGCAAGUCGAGGAGAACAGGGAAGUGAUGGAUAGGGCGGCAUUCUGGGUCCAUGAGUUUCUGGAGGCUGCGCUGGCCGCACUGGGAGUGGAAGGUGGCCCCAAGGUAUCCGCCAAACCAGCGGUAGGAUCUCUCGGGGUGGUCGACCAGCACCUGUCCCAGCGGGUCGCAGUCAACGAGAGGGAUUUCCUAGUGGUUUCCCAGCCGAAGUUGGCUGUUCGCCACCCAGUGCUCACCUGCCACAUUUAUACCUGGAGUGGAACAUUGUAUAUUGAUUUCAGCUUCACAGAAGGGUAUUACGGAACUUUGGAUGAACAGCUGGGUGCGGCCAAGGAGGGGCUAGCUGAUCGUGCGUCACUGCUCGCGUUCAUCGAUGAGUUCAUGGGUAUCCUGCAGCUCGUCGUCGAUAGCGCUCCAUGA